AUGCUCAUCAUCUGUGCUGUGAUCGGGCUAUAUGCAAGCACCGCGCUAGCCUCUCUCCCCAUUUGUUCAAAGUGUCCAGCAGCUGGCCACUGGUCAAGGUGGGAAGACUAUACAAGCUGUACAGGCACGUGUGGUUUAUUCGGAAGAAAAGUUCAAAAGAGGACGUGUCUCACAUGGAAAUGGGGAUGUCCAUGCCAGGGACCAUAUUCUCGAACAAGACCAUGUGCUCCGAAGCCAUGUCCUGAUGACUCGAAUGCCUGUGCUGAGGGAUAUUCACUCUACCCCAACUCCAAACUCAAGGAAGUUCUCUGUGGAAAUGUGACUCUGCCGAGUGACUAUGUGAUGCCAAAGUGUCGAAUCACAAAAGUCCUCGCAAAUUGUGCUUUCCCAAAUCUUGGCAUUUGGAGUGGCUGGAAAUCGACGGCACCAUGCACGGCAACCUGCCACAAAUGCACCGGCUCCUCAACAAGAACGAUUCAUUGUCCCAAACUCGCCUGUCCAGGAGAUGUGUGUGCAUUGGAUACGAAAGCGGUGACGAAUCUUGUGACUGGCAAAAGGGUUUGCGGUGUCGGCCUGCCACAGGAUCCCGUUUUGCAAAUGCCCUUAUGCACGACAACAACCAAAAAGGCUACCACAAAGCCCACAACGAAGACAACGAAGAAGCCGACCACAACGACAACGACAAAGAAAACGACAACGACAAAGAAAACGACGACAUCGACAACAACCACAACUACGACCACAACGACACCAGCGCUACCAUGUGUCACAACUUCGGUACCCACCACAACCUAUGCCGAUUGUGCAGCUGUUGGUGGUGGCUUCAUUGAUGUCGGUGGAUCGUGUUAUCAAGCAAUCUUCAUCAAUGACUCUUACAUUGGUGGAGCUAGAGCCAAAUGUCAGGCAUUGAAUCCCAAUGCUGACUUGGGCACGAUUCGAUGUGAUUCGGAGAAUACAGGAGUUGCCAAUCUUGUACCAGCUGAUUUGAAGACUCAAUGUUCAACGUUUGGAAAUUUCUUCUAUAGUCAAAUGUUAUUGGGGAUUAACAAUGUGACAACGACGAGUGGGAUUGCCUGGUCAAAUGGUGCCAACUCGACUUAUCGAAACUGGGCCCCAGGAGAGCCAAACGGAAACAGUCCAGCAGAAACAGAUGCAGCCAGCAGUGCAACGCUCUACAUUGCGUCCACAGAUCCAGCUGGUGGCACGUAUCCGCUGGGACAAUGGGAAAACAUGCUACCAUCUUGGGUGGUUUGUGCGGCUGUCUGUGAAGUGAUCACGGCAAAAACCGGAAAUGGUUGUGGCUUCUCACCGUGCCAGAAUCUUCCG